UCUUAUUCAUGGUAUUGAAGUUUAAUUUAAUAAUUUAUUAGUUCAAAUUUUUUUCUUUCUGAUUUCAGGGUUGAGCAUCAUGCAACAUGGUAACUCCUCAAACUCCAACAGAAAUAAUAACAUAAUCAAUGACACCAAUAAUGGCAACACCACCAACUGCGACACCGUUCCUCAGCCGUGCAUGGUACGUGAACAGGACCAAUACAUGCCGAUAGCCAACGUGAUCCGCAUCAUGCGCCGUAUCCUUCCGGCCCAUGCCAAAAUCUCCGAUGAUGCUAAGGAAACCAUCCAGGAAUGUGUCUCGGAGUACAUCAGCUUCAUCACCGGGGAAGCAAAUGAACGUUGCCAACGUGAGCAACGCAAGACCAUCACUGCUGAGGAUGUGCUUUGGGCCAUGGGAAAAUUGGGAUUUGACGACUACGUUGAGCCUCUCACUGUUUUCUUGAGCAGGUACCGAGAGAAUGAGAAUGAGAGGACUUCAUUGCGUGGGGAACCCAUUUUGAAGCGUGGGAUAGACUAUGGACAGAUGAUGAUGGCGCCUUACGGGCCUGCUUUCCAUAUGGGACAUCACCAGGGGAUGUUCGAUGCUGCUGCUACUGCCAUGGGAGGAUACUUCAGAGAUGCUUCUGGUGCUGCUGGAUCAUCUUCACCGGCUUCUUUGACUAAGAACUUUGAUCCAUUUGGUCAGUUCAAAUGACGAGAUGAACAAAAAAGUCAGCAAAAUAUGAAUAAACAGAUACCAUGACAAACCAUCCAUUGUUUAGAAAAAUAGGGUUAAGGUAAGCAUUGGUGUGGCUUUGGGGUGAUAUUUCCUUCUUGUUUUACUUGAACAUGUAUGGAUUCAUUGGCGUGGUUAAACAGAAACAGUAGUUGAGCUGGUGCUUCUUCUUUUACUGCCCUUUUUCAGUUUUUUGUUUGUUUUACCAUCAUUUUUCUUUUUUUGUCUAGCAGUUUUAGUGGUAUUCACUUUCAGUGCAACAGAGAUUCAUUCUCAUUGCACCAGAGUCACGUUCAGGCCGAAAUGCCAAACGGUACUGGUACUUGAACAACAGUUACCAAGCUCUGGUAACUGUUUAUCAAACACACAGGUCUCCGCAAAGUUGUAAGACCAGACCAUGUAUGGGGCUGAUGCCUGCCCUGUGCCGCAAGGUCAACGAAGUUGGUGACCUGAUGAUGGAAGCCCCAGUGAGCAGCGGCCAGUCCUAAGU